AAACAAGGAAGGCUUCUGAAGGAGGGCAUCCUCCGAUUCUUCCCCCACCUGAAUCCCUGUUGCUAUGGAGACCACCAAUGGGACUGAGACCUGGUAUGAGAGCCUGCACGCUGUGCUGAAGGCUCUAAAUGCCACUCUUCACAGCAACUUGCUCUGCCGGCCAGGGUCAGACAACCUGACUGAGGAGAGGCGGGCCAGCCUACCUGGCCAUGAUGACAACUCCUACAUGUACAUUCUCUUCGUCAUGUUCCUAUUUGCUGCCACUGUGGGCAGCCUCAUCCUGGGAUACACCCGCUCCCGCAAAGUGGAUAAGCGCAGUGACCCCUAUCAUGUAUACAUCAAGAACCGUGUGUCUGUGCUCUAAUGCUAAGAGGCCAGGGAUGGCAGAAGAUCAAGACUCCUGAGGAUUAUCUUGUGGGGCCUCCAGAACUCA